UGACAAAUGAAGUGUAAGUGUUUAUAAUGUUUGUGUCCCAAAACACACAUCCCCCACAAAAGUAAAAACACCAUCAAAACUUUCUUUCUUUCCUCUUAUCUUCACUUCCUCUUGUAAACCCUAGAUUCUCUUGUUCCUCUUAUGGAUUCAUUCUCUUUUUGUAUCAUCAUCAUGAUACUUCUCUUAUCAUUCCACCAAUCUAAGUCUCAAUUGAUUCAAUCUACACAUCUUCUUGAUCUCAUGAUCAGAGAUUACACCAUUAGAAACUUUAAGCUCAAUUUCAACACAGGCGUCACUCAGAAAAUCUAUCUCCCUUCUAAUUUCUCUGGUAUCGAUAUUGACACGGUCAAGUUAAGGUGUGGGAGUUUGAGAAGAUAUGGCGCAAAAAUUGGAGAGUUUCACAUCGGUUCAGGCCUUACGGUGGAGCCAUGUCCGGAGAGAGUCAUGCUAAUUAGACAAAACUUUGGUUCGAAUUGGUCUUCAAUCUACUCUACUGGUUAUAACUUAUCCGGUUACAAUUACAAGCUCGUGUCACCGGUUCUUGGUUUGUUGGCUUAUAAUGCUAACCCUGACGGUGUGGCCAGGAACCCUUACGAGGUUAAUGUUGUAGGUACCGAUCAAAACCCAAUCUUAAUCGAUUUCUUGAUCAACAAGGCAACUAAUAACACUAGCCCUAACCCUACGAAGAAGAACUCGUCAGUCUUGUGUGCGUGUUUUACAAGCAACAGUAACACAACGUUUAGCGAGCAAGUCUCGCCGUAUGUGUGUAAAGGUACAAGACAAGGGCAUUACGCUCUCGUGAUGAAGACAGAAGCUCAAAAAGAUGAUCAUGAAGGUGGUGGUAGUAGUGGUGGAGUGGUGGCAUCAUCGACGGAGGUGAAUGGUGGCAACGGAGGAGGAAAGUUGAGCCGUUGGAAAGUGGCGGUGGGGAGUGUGAUAGGGUCAGGGAUUGGAGCAAUUCUGCUGGGAAUGUUAGUGGUGGCGAUGUUGGUGAAGGGGAAGAAGAAAGCAAUGAGAGAAGAAAUGGAGAGAAGAGCUUAUGAAGAAGAAGCUCUUCAGGUGUCAAUGGUGGGUCAUGUUAGAGCUCCUACUGCUCCUGGAACUAGAACUCUUCCUAGAAUUUCCGAUGAUAGGUAUAAUAAAAACACUCAUUUGAAUAGUAAUUAUCCAUAAUUAUCAUUUGUUUUCUGAUUUUUCUUCUUUUUGUGUUAAUUGAGUAUCUUAAGAUAAAUAGUUUUGUAGAAAUAGUUUCAAUGGCUUCAAAAUGAAAUUUCAUCCAUUUUUUUUUAGUUUUUGGUUAAACGGCUAUAAUCGUUAGUUUUCUUUUUACUAAAAGUAAAGACUUUUACAGAAUGGAGAAUUUUCUCUUUUUUAUUUUCUAUAAAAUGGUCAGUGAAAUUAUGCAAAAAAAUUUAAAAAAAUCAGAGAGUCCCCCCAACUUUCAUACUGUAAGCUUUAUUUUUUUCUUUUCAUUUUGAUUUAUUAAUCUCUUUUUCCAACUUUUUAAUUAAAUGUAUAUUUCUGAUUUAGUGAAGAAAAUAUACUUUUA